AUGGCCGGGCCGCGCCAGCAGGACCGCCGGCCGGGAUGCUGCGGGUCCGUAGCCAGCUACCUGACCUCGGCGAAAUUCCUGCUCUACGUGGGACACUUUCUGUCCACUUGGGGGGACCGGAUGUGGCACUUCGCGGUGUCCGUGUUCCUGGUGGAGCUGUACGGGAACAGCCUGCUCCUGACGGCCGUCUACGGGCUGGUGGUGGCCGGCUCCGUGCUGGUCCUCGGAGCCAUCAUCGGCGACUGGGUGGAUAAGAACGCCAGGCUCAAAGUGGCCCAGACGUCGCUGGUGGUCCAGAACGUGUCGGUGAUCCUGUGUGGCAUCAUCCUGAUGAUGGUCUUCCUGCACAAGGACGAGCUGCUCACCAUGUACCACGGCUGGGUCCUCACUUCCUGCUACAUCCUGAUCAUCACCAUCGCCAACAUCGCCAACCUGGCCAGCACGGCCACCGCCAUCACCAUCCAGCGGGACUGGAUCGUCGUGGUCGCCGGAGAAGACAGGAGCAGGCUGGCAGACAUGAACGCCACGGUCCGCAGGAUCGACCAGCUCACCAACAUCCUGGCGCCCAUGGCCGUCGGGCAGAUCAUGACCUUCGGCUCCGCGGUCAUCGGCUGCGGCUUCAUCUCCGGGUGGAACCUGGUGUCCAUGUGCGUGGAGUACUUCCUGCUCUGGAAGGUUUACCAGAAGACCCCCGCGCUGGCCGUGAAGGCCACCCUCAAGGCGGAGGAGGCCGAGCUGAAGCAGCUGAACGUGCACAAAGAAGCUGAGCCCAAGCCCCCGGAGUCCGCGCACCUGAUGGGGGACAGGGAGCUGGCGGUGCCCGCGCCGGAGCCGGAGCCCGAGCCGGGCUGCGCCGAGCAGCUGGCCGAGCCCUUGCGCACGUUCCGCGACGGCUGGGUGUCCUACGCGCGGCAGCCCGUGUUCCUGGCCGGCCUGGGGCUGGCCUUCCUCUACAUGACGGUGCUGGGCUUCGACUGCAUCACCACGGGCUACGCCUACACGCAGGGCCUGAGCGGCUCGGUGCUCAGCCUGCUGAUGGGCGCCUCGGCCGUCACCGGCAUCCUGGGCACCGUGGCCUUCACCGGGCUGCGGCGCCGCUGCGGCCUGGUGCGCACCGGCCUCAUCUCGGGCGCCGCGCAGCUCUCCUGCCUGGUGCUGUGCGUGGUGUCCGUGUUCAUGCCGGGCAGUCCGCUGGACCUCAGCGUGUCCCCCUUCCAGGACAUCCGCUCCCGCUUCAUCCAGGCCGAGCCACUGCCCGCCGCGCCCACCACGGCCAGGCCCGCGGCCAACGGCUCCGUGACCACCCUGGCCGCCCCCGCGCUGGAGCCGGGGCUGAGCGCCGAGUCCGUCCUCUCCGUCAGCCUGCUGUUCGCGGGCGUCAUUGCUGCUAGGGUCGGCCUUUGGUCCUUUGAUUUAACUGUGACGCAGUUGCUGCAGGAAAACGUCGUUGAGUCGGAACGAGGCAUUAUAAACGGUGUGCAGAACUCCAUGAACUACCUUCUCGACCUCCUGCACUUCAUCAUGGUGAUCCUGGCCCCCAACCCCGAGGCCUUCGGCCUGCUGGUGCUCAUCUCCGUGUCCUUCGUGGCCAUGGGCCACAUCAUGUAUUUCCGGUUCGCCCAGAAGACCCUGGGCAGCCAGCUCUUCGCCUGCGGGCCCGUGGAGAAGGAAGCUCCGGACGAAAGCCAAGCUUCCACGUCCGUGGUGUGA